CGAAUUGAUAUCUAUAUGACAACGCAUCUUGGUACGCUACAACGACGAGUUGAAACGGUUUUAGUAGAAUUCAAACGAUCUAGAAAUACAUGGAACGAAUUAAAUGUUGAAGGAUUCCCAGCUGCCAACAAGUUGAUCAAUACUGUUAUCCAAUCAAAAUAUUCUGAUGACUUGGGAUAUUGGCAUCCUAGUUUACGACAAGAAUUUCCCAAUAUUAUUCAAAAAUAUGAUAUUAAACUGAAGAAACUAAUAGAACAAGAUGACAAGAAAGUUAUGGUGAUUCUUGAACGUAUGGCAAAACAACAAAUCAAAAUGAUGACUUUUAUACGUGAAUUUAUCGCGAUUCAACAACGUGUGGGUCAAGUAUUGGAAAAUGAUCAAAUACCAUUAUUCAAAACAUGUCCUAUACAUGUAUUUGUACAACGUAGCAAGAUUAUUAUAGAUAUGUAUACUCAAGAAUUAUACUCCAAACAACUGAUGGUACAACAAGGAAUGAAAGAAAUUUCCAAUCAAGAAGAAGGUUUAGCAUUGUUAUCAGCUUGGCAGAAUCAACCAUCUAUUUGUGAAAAGACAAUCCAAGAAUUUGAAGAUAUUUGUAAUGUAGAACUAGAUCUUUUAUAGAAUUAAAUAUAUAAAAAUUGUUGUAUAUAAAUAGAUUGUAUAUAUAGAUAUAUUUAUUAAUAUUAUUGAUGAAUGAAUAAAGAAAAGAAGAA